UAUUUUUUUUUGGUUCAGAGUGAUUUUUUUUGUUUCUACUACCUCAUUUUAUGAAUUGCUGUCAGCCAUGGCCGGGGAACUCUGUUUCCUGCUCCUGUCUCUAUUCUGUGGGAUUACGAUUUCCGAAGUGCAGCCUUUAUACGAACCGCCUUCCCAGACUCUGGAUUUUGGAUACGUACCUGCAAGGGUAUACGAUACCAGCACCUAUUUUGAACCUGGCCCAAUAGAAAUUCUGUUUCGACUGGUUCAUUCUUUCCUCUACUUAGUGCAACCAAAUUAUUUUCCUCAAGAUCUCAUUAAAAAACUAGCACAGCAAAAUUUUGGAAGUACGCCGGCUGAUUAUCAAAAGCCAGAGAAUAUUGUCCUGGCUCUUCAGGCAGUGUACUAUGAAAUUGGGUUUCUAGUCUCUGCCACGUUGGGGCUCCUCUUCGUUUUGCUGCUGCCCCUGGUAGGGCUUUGCUUCUGCAUGUGUCGUUGCUGCGACAACUGCGGUGGGGAAAUGCACCAAAGACAGAAGAAAAACGCGGAUUGUCAGCGGAACUGCUUUGCCACCAUCCUUUUCGUUGCUUCUUUUGUCAUCAGUAUUGGAGUACUUAUUGCUUACGCUGCUAACCAGCACCUUACAAAUCAAGUUAAGGGAGCGAAGAGCCUGGUGACCAGCAAUUUCAAAGACCUGAGGAUUUUCCUGAAUGAUACUCCAGGGCAAAUCGAUUAUUUGGUGAGCCAGUAUAAUACUACCAAGCGGAGAGCACUUUCUGAUCUUAACAACGUGGGGCCCUUGCUUGGCAACAGAGUCCAGGAGCAGCUGGGGAAGGAAGUGCGCCCGGCGCUGGACGCAGCCCUGACGAUGGCAGGAGCCAUCAGAGAAACCAAGGAGGCCCUGGAGAACGUGAGCGUCUCUGUGGAGGUCUUGCAGGAGGGCACCGAGGGACUGCAGGGCAACCUGACGGAAGUAAAAGGCCACCUGAUGGACACGCUCACCGACCCUGCGUGCGCCACGGCCCAGGCGGCUUCCAUCUGCCACGCCAUCAGCAACUCCCUGGGUCAGCUCGACAUCCACGCGAACUUCAGCCGAUUGCCGGGAGUGGGCCCUCAACUUGCCAAAGUCAAUGAAGUCCUUAAAAUAGACCUCUCCAGUCUGGUUCAAAAGGGUUAUGCAGCAUUUAACAAUACUCCCGAUUUGGUGCUCAAUCAAACGAGGAACAUUUUAUCAGCCGUUCCCUAUAUCAAAAAUGUCCUGGAAGCCAUUGGUUCAAAUAUCACAGCAUUUACUAAAACACUUCCUGUCCAGAAGAUACUGGCAGACUUCGCUUUAUAUCUUACUCAGAGUGAGGCAUACGUUGAAGAUUAUUUUCCUUUAGUGGAGCAGUAUGACUUCUACAGGUGGCUGUGCUGCUUACUUGUCUGCUGCAUGGUGAUACUCAUCCUUGUCUUUUACUAUCUGGGACUGUUGUGCGGGACCUGUGGUUAUGACAAAAAUGCCACACCCACAACGAGAGGCUGCAUCUCCAACACUGGAGGAAACUUCUUGAUGGCGGGCGUGGGCUUCAGCUUCCUCUUUGCCUGGGCUCUGAUGCUGAUAGUAGUGGUCGCAUUUGUUGCGGGUGGAAAUGUGGAGAAGUUGGUCUGCGAGCCCUUUGAAGACAAGACAUUAUUCAAAAUUCUGGACACUCCCUACUUGCUGAAUUGGCACUGGAAACACUAUCUCUCUGGCAUAAUUCUUAAAAAUCCAAAUAUUAACUUGACAUUUGAAAAAGUUUACAGCGACUGCAAAGAGAACAAAGGGAUUUAUACCUCACUGCGCCUAGAACAUCUCUUCGAUAUCUAUGAAUUUUUGAACGUAAGCAUGUAUACAGAAGAAAUAUCACUCAAAAUCAAGCAAAUCAAUAUCAAUCUCAGCAAUAUAGUUUUGCUGGAUGAAGAAGGAAAGGAGAAUCUCUUGAAUUUCAGUUUCUCGGGAAUCAACGAGAUCAACUUCGCAGCCUAUCUGUCAGAGAUCAACAAGAGUGUUACCAAAGUGGAUCUCCUGUCGUUUGCCAACGACUUGGAAGCAAGUGCAGACCAGCUGCCCAAAGGAGCAUUAGAAAACGCCUUGAAAGGGCACGCAAACAGGAUCCGGAUGAUACAUAACCAACAGGUUAUUCCACUGGAGCAAGCAAUGAGCGCUUUAAACCAGAACAUUAGGUUACUGCAAAGGACAUCAUCUGAACUUUCAGGAAAAGUGAGAAAUGUGAUUAGCGCUGUUGAGCACGCUCAGUUUCUCAUAAGCAAUAAUGCUUCAUCGGUUAUUGUCGAGGAAACUAAAAGGUACAUGGAUACUAUAAUAGGUUACUUCAAGCAGUAUGCUGCAUGGGUCAAGGAAUCGAUUACUAUGGAAGUGGCAACGUGUAAGCCUAUUGCCAAUGUGAUCGAUACAGCUGUGGAGGUAUUUCUAUGCAGCUAUGUGACAGACUCUUUGAAUUUGUUCUGGUUUGGUUUGGGAGGUUGUACGGUAUUUCUGAUCCCUGCCAUCAUUUGUGCCGUGAGACUCGCCAAAUACUACCGGAGGAUGGACACAGAAGAUGUGUAUGAUGAUUUGGAAAAUGGUAAUAAUGGUUAUCAUAAAGAGAAUUUAUAUGGUAUACACAAUCCAAUUAUGACCAGCUCUUCUGAACAGUGGUAGUACAGACCAGACACACCAAGGGUCAGUGGAAAUCAUGCAUCAGGUUCUCCUGAGAAACACCGCAUCUUUCCAACCGAUGUCAAGUUCCACAUUUACAUUUUAAACCCCAAGACUGCCUCAUUUGGGGGCCUGUGGGGAGCAAGUAACGCUGAGUGAAAACUACUGAGCCCCCUACCGUAAAAUGUUGGAUGAGUCCUUGGCGAUCGGACCGCACAACGAACAUCCAUUAUGUGCAGUUCAGUUCUGUUAUUAAGAUUGAACUAUAAAGGACUUGGAGGUCUUGUUUUCUAAAACUGGUUUUCCACUUCAGUGUCUAUUC